UAACUUUUUAUCUUUUCAUUGUAUAAGUUAUAAAAAAAUCUUAUAUUCUUUUUGAAGUUGGAUAGAGACAAAUAGAAGAAAAAAUUUAUGGUUUCAUGGUGCUGGAAGAAUAAGAAUAUGGAGUGAACCAAAGGCAAAGGGCACCUAUAGCAAAAAUUUUGAGAAAAAAUUGUACUUGAUAAAAAUAGUUGCAAAGUUCUGCUGAAGGUGGGUACCAGACUUGGCCAAAUUUAGCUAACUGAACAGCUUGGCUUAAAAUUGAUGGACAAUAGCUACUUUCAAUUAAAAUUGCAGAGGAAUAAUUUCUGUUUCAGCCUUUUCUUUGACAACCUCAGAUUAGUUGCAUUUCUCAAAGUUAUCUAAUCAUUUCUUGAUGUCACAUUUUCAUGAGUUUCCAAAUCCAUUACCUGAGUCUCCUGCAACAUAUAUUUUGAUUCCUGCAAAUUCCAUACAAGGUCUCUCCCUGUCUCUUGAACAUUUUGGUUCCUUCCUUAUCUUCAAUCACCAUCGAUUCAACGUGUGAUAUUGGUCUGUCAAUGCCAAUUAGGCCAAGGUAACCACCCUUUUUGUGUUUCUUAAAGGAAGAUUGCAUGGUAUUAGAUUUCUUAAGAAAGUUGAUUGAUAUCUCUUUUGAGGACAUAUGACCGAUGUUAAUAUGAUGUUUUUCUGUGUUUUGCAGGUAGUUUUCCAAUUCAUGUGCAUUGAAACAAUCAUUAAUUGCUGCAGGGGAACUGCUUUUGGUGUUUGAUCCUUUUAUCAAGAUUGAAAUGUCCAGCCUGUUCCAUCACAACAUCUGCAAGCUGAAGCCUAAUUUGUCGAAAUAGAAGGCAUUCGUUACGUUUUACAUUAUGUUUGCUCAUCUUCCAGGAGCUGAGCCAACUAACUAUCUGAAACCGUCAUCCACGGAGAAAGAAACCGAGGAGCAGACAACAAACAAAUCUCCUCAAAUCUCUGUCACCUACAUCUACACGGUGGAGGUAGCAGAAUUGCGCAGCAAUGUAACAGUUACAUGGAACAAAAAUGUUAUGAACUGUUCUCUUAGCAUUAGUGUAGAAAACCCUUUGGAUGAAAGUCAUUACACUUGCAAGAUUGACAUAAAGACUUGGCAAUUUUGGGGGAAAAAAGGUCUAAAAUCUUUUGAAGUAGAUGGAAAAAGAGUAGAUGUUUACUGGGAUUUUCGACAAGCGAAAUUCUCAAACCAUGCUGAGCCCUUAUCAGAUUACUAUGUUGCUUUGGUCUACAAUGAAGAGGUGGUUUUAAUGCUUGGAGAUAUGAAGAUGGAUGCUUUCAAGAGAACCAAAAAGAGACCAUCAUUGACAGAACCUAUAUUGCUGUGCAAGAAAGAAAAUGUGUAUGGGAAGAGAUCAUUUUGUGCCAAGGCAAUGUUCCAAAACGACAAGACAGAACAUGACCUCGUCAUUGAAUUUUCUUUGUCAGGACUAGGUGAUCCUGAAAUGGGGAUUACCAUAGACGGAUUCGAGGUGAUUCGAGUAAUGAAUUUGAAUUGGAGAUUUAGAGGCAAUGAGAAUAUGAAAGUGGAUGAUGUUGGGGUACAGAUUUUUUGGGAUGUUCAUGAUUGGUUGUUUAGUGGCUCAAGCACAAGUCAUGGACUGUUCAUCCUGAAGCCAGCAGCAGAAGAAGGUGGGGAUGAUAAAGUUGGAGAUGGUAGACAUUGCAGAGGCAAUGAUGGAGGCAUGUAUGAUUCACCAAAGGAAAGGUCUUCUUCAACACCAGGGUUUUUCCAUGUUAUAAAUGCUUGGAAAUAUGAGUAGGAGGGUAUGAUCAAUCUUUGAUUAAACUGUUGUUAAUAUUUUGCUGUUCUAUACUUCUUCUAUUAGACUA